GUGCUGAAGCUCUCAUCCUAUCCCUAGGUCUGACCAGCAGCCUAGCUCCCUUGCUCCCGGCUUCGCAUUGAGAGCUCCAUCUCACUGUGCUGGGUGGAUUUCCCCAUCUAGUUACCUCUGGAAACCAUUUGCUCUGCUCGACGAUCGCGCGAUCGUCGGGAACUGAACUGAGUGUUGUAAUCUUCCUGUCUUCUCACGAGCACCACUCCCGCCUGUCACUGCUCCGUGCCUCACGGUCCGGCCGACAGCAGCCUUGCGAAGGCUCACUAAUCUUAUUGCACGCCCCUGCUCCUCUUCGGUCUUCUAAGCUGGCUCUGGAACGUGGGCCUGAGCCCGAUUCCGCUUCUAAGCUUUCUCAUAACAGCUGCCUCUGGGAAACUCCGGCCACUGCCGAGGCUGCAGGACUCACUUGGUUCCAGAAGCUUUCGGCUCUCUAGGAGUCUGAGGUUCCGUGCCUUUCUGCUCGCCUUUUCCGGUGGCUGCUUCCUCUGGUCGAUUGACGAGCACUACGACGAAGAGAGGGGUGGGACGGACGCCGAAAGUGAGCGUGGUUAAAUGGAGGGGAAAGAACGUGUAGCCUCGAGGGAGCAGAGGACGGCUGGUGUAGAUUUUGACAAAAGAUACGCGCAAUGCUGCUCGUCGUUCGGUAUCAACCCACCGCCUGACAUCCUCAGCGCUCUCGCGUCACCCACUCACCGCAUAUCGGAGGACGGGUCCGUGCAGCUGGCAGUGGAGCUGCCUCUGGCGCACCUGUCGGACGCGGUGGCGGUGACGCUGGGCGAGUUCCUGGCGACGGGGUGUCCGGAGCUGCACAUCGUGGACGUCAGCAGUGCGGACGCAGUGCCCACGGUCAGCGGCCACGGUAUUCUCUUCCUGCUCCGCGCCGUGGGGCCGCACCUGCAGCACGCCAACCUCUCCAACAUCCCGCUCGGCCGCGACGCCUUCAGGGAUCUGUUCCAGCGCGGGCUGAACGCGCGCAGCCUGUGCUUCUCCUUCUGCCGCGUGCGCAAGCUCGACUUCGUGGGCGCGUUCCCGCGCCUGCGCUCCCUGGUGCUCGACCACAACCCCGCCAUCACGUGCCUCCCGGACGGCUGCUUCGCCAACGCGCCCGCGCUCACGUCGCUCUCCCUGUGCGCCACGGGCAUCUCGAACCUUUGGACCACCGUUGCCGCGCUCGCUAAGCUCCCCCUCUUGAAGCAGCUCCGCUUCCAGCGCUGCUUGUGCUGCCGCGGCACCACGUCCGCGUGCGCGGAGCUGGCAGCGGGGCUGGCUGGGGAUGUAGCGGGCGGGGACGAGGGCGCGCGAAGGGAGGUGGCGGGAACAACUGCUGGUGCCGUUCGUUCCGCUGGUGCCGCUGGUGGUGGUGGUGACGUUGGGGAGGAGAUGAUAUUGCGAGGGUGGAUGGAUGAGGAGGAGGAUCUGGAGGAGUUGGUGCGGGAGGGCAUGGAGAUGGACGAGGUGAUGCGCGCGUGGGGGGAGCAGGGGCCCGCGGAGGGCGAGGGAGACGACGCGCUGGACUUCGCAUUCGCGGGUGACCAAGCAGGCAUGGGGUUCGGUGCGCAGGAGGAUGGGGAGCUCGGUGUGGUUGGGGAUGAGGAUCUUAGGGACGAGGAGGACGAGGAGGAGGAAGAAGAAGAGGGGGAGGAGGAGGAGAUGUCUGAGGGGGAGGAGAGUGACGAGAGUUCAGAGGAGGAUUCGUGUGACGAGGAGGAGGAAGAGGAGGGGAGCGAGGACGAAGCGGAGGAGAGCGAGGGCAGGGAGGGUGCGCUUCGUCACGCGGUCAUGCCAUGGCAGCAGGGAGGUGGAGAGCAGGAGCACGCUGUAGCAGCGGCAACAGCAUCAACCCCAGCAGCCAAUGACGGUGCUGUAACAGGCGCGGAUGUUGAGGGGCUUGUCCCCGGUGCUCCUCCUCCUGCCCAUACACCUGCCCUGCGCCGCAGACGCCCCCAACAGGGUCAAACCCUCCUUCAGCGCCCUGGUGCUGCUGUCACCACUGCAGCUGCUGCUGCUGCUGCGCCGGGUACAGGGGGCGCACGAGGCACACUUGCGUGGUCAGAGCAUGAGGUGCGGAUACCAGCGGCAGCAGGCGGAGCAGGGGAGCAGGCAGCAGGACAGGCAGCAGCCGCCGCAGCAGCUGCCAGGGCUGAAAAUGUGGCAGAGGCAGCAGGCCGAGCGGGGGCUAUGCCCGGAGGACUCACAGCUCGAGAAUUGGAUUUAAUCAACUAUCUUAUGGGGGAUGCACCUGGGCGUCGCCGGGGCAGAGAUGCUGCUGCUGCUGCCAACGCUGGGGCUGCUCGUGGUGCUCGUGGUGCUGGUGGUGCUGGUGGUGCUGGUGCUGGUGCUGGCGCUCGCAGUGAGUACCGCGCCUUGGACGGGCCAUACUCUGCAGGAUCGCAUUUUCUGCAGCACUCGUCGCCCAUCUGCCAUGCGCCGCACUACCGCGCGUUUGUGCUGUCGUCCCUGCCGCACCUGGACGUGCUGGACAAUGUGGCAGUGAAGGCAGGCGAGCGCAUGCAGGCUGAGGGCGAGUGCGAGGGCAGCUUUGAGCCGCUGCCGUAUGGGCUGGGCUGCAUAGGGAACGUGGUGCACCUGCUCAGGCGCAGAGAGGUCCAGGCGCCACUGAGAGCACUCGCCUCUGUUGCUGCCCGCACACACCACUGCCAGAACAAUUUCUCCAAGGGAGAGGCUUCUGCGGAAGCGGCUCCUGUUGCGGCUGCCUCCGAUACUGCGGCUGUCUCUGGUGCCGCUGCAACCACAUCCGUCCUUGCCUCUGCUGGUUGCGCGACGGGCUGCAGUGCCAUGUCUGCAGGAGAUACCGCAGCGGGGGAGCUGGUUGGGGGACACCAACAGCAGCAAGAGGGGGUUGCUCGCAUGAUGAGCAGUGAGAGGGUGGAUGGGAGUGGUAGCGAGCGAGUGGGGCAGACGGACAUGGAAUAUGCAAUGAACGAUGACGAUGGUGAUGAGGCCGAUGGUGGUGAUGGUGUUUGCGGAAGCAGGGCCUCCGCACGCGGCACAGAGGGAGACAAUGCGGGGCGUGGGGUGCAUGACAAGGCACCUAUGGAGGAACAGGACCCAGAAUCUCCCUCGGCGCUUCUGUGGCGGGCUACAGCCGGAGCCAAGGGCGGCAGCAUGGAGGGCUACAGGCGCGCUCUGGGCGCGAACCGAGUGGGCUGUAGCAGUUGGCCGGCCAGCCGCCCCAUGACCUGCCCUCUGCGCAACGCAGGCCUGGAGACCUCCAGGUCGUCGAGCCUGCGGCCGCGGCAGUUUGAGUACCACCCGACGGAGUCGCACCUGAUGGUGUUUGGCACGCUGCACGGAGACGUGGUGGUGCUCAACCACGAGUCGGACCGCCUUGUCGGACAUGUGCAGUCCGUCGGCGCGCCGCACUCCAUCCUCGGCCUCUGCUGGCUCAACCGACACCCCUCCAGGCUGAUCGGGGGGUGUGACAAUGGGUCCAUUCAGCUGUACGACAUCGAGCGCAUGCGCGCGUGCCUCGUUGCUGCCAUUGCUCGCUCCACUGCUGCCACCGCCACCACCAGCGCUGCCAGCACCAGCGGCACCGGCAGCAGCGGUGGCAGCAGCGUGGGCGGCGGCAGUGGGGGUGUGCUGACGGGCAGUGGUGGGAGGAUUGCUGCCGCAGGGGCACCAGCAGCAGCAGCAAUGACUACCCCACCUGCUGUGCUGCCAGCUCCAGCAGUUGGGGGCGGCACAGGAGGGCGGGUAUCAGACAGUCCGCUAGGCCUUGGUGGUUCUGGCCCUGCGGGGGGGGUGGUUUCUGCAGUGGGGGGCUCUCCUGUGACGCCUGGUCGGCUGCGGCACCCUGCGAUCCACACGUACGACGAGUUUGAGCAGCUCACCUCGGUGCACGUCAAUUGCACCGACGACCUCUUCCUCGCCAGCGGGUACUCGAACCACGUGGGGCUGUACGACCUGCACACGGGGCGGCGCCUGCACACGCUGCACAACCUGCACCGCGAGCACAUCAACGUGCUCAAGUUCGCGCACCACUCGCCGCACGUCUUCGCCACCUCCUCCUUCGACCGCCACGUCAAGCUCUGGGACGCGCGCCAGCGCAUCUCCACUGAGGGAGGGGGAGGGGGGGCUGGGGGGCUGUUUGCGCAGGGGCGGGAGAGCGUGCGGCCGAUUUAUUCCGUGCGCAGUGACCGGGGCAAUGUGAUGGUGUGCUUCAGCCCAGAUGACCAGUUCCUGCUCUCCUCUGCGGUGGACAAUGAGGUGCGGCAGCAUGUAGCAGUGGACGGGCGGCUGCAGCACCGGUUUGAGAUCGCCCCGCUGGGCAGUGCGCACAACUACACGCGGUCGUACUACAUGAACGGGCGCGACUACAUCGUGUCGGGCAGCUGCGAGGAGAACGUCGUGCGUGUCUGCUGCGCUAAAACUGGCCGGCGACUCCGAGACAUUCCCCUUGAGGGCAAGGGCGGCAAGAGUUCCCUCUACGUGCAGUCGCUGCGAGGAGAUCCCUUCAGGGACUUCCACCUGUCUGUGCUCGUGGCCUACAGCCAGCCCAACUCCCCCUCUGACAUUGUCAAGGUGAACCUAGUGGCAGGCCCCCCGCCCCGGAAGGGCCUUGACAGUGACAUCCAGAUGCAGCCGCUGGCCUGUGUGGGUGCGUAGUGCGUGCGUGGGGUUGCACACUGCACGUGCGCCUUGGAACUGCUACAGAUGGCCUACCACGUUCUUUAUAUGCUCUCCUAGAUGCUGGCUUAUUCCCACAUGCGAUGGUAGGCAUCGCAGGGAGAGUAUGCAGCACUGCCCUGGGCUUUUGGGGUGGGUUGGGAUGAGUCUUAGGGAGCUGAGGGGAAUGGAUGCUGGACAGAAAUUGAUGCUACAGCUGGGACUGGGGCUUUUCGAGUGGCAUCCCCUGCAGGUCAUAAAAGGAUGGACUGGUGGAAGGGCUGAAGGAGUACUGGACUGGACACGUUGGGAUGUUUCUGAGGGCUUUGUUUGAUGUUGUUUCAGCACGGAAGGUGCACCAUGACAUGACAAGAGUGCUUGCUGUUUCUCAAUGCAUCACUGUAUAUGAUCAAUGUUGUGGAUGUUGAUACUGAAUACC